AUGUAAAAUUACAUAAAUCCUAGAUUGAAGGGAGGUUUUGCAAAAGUCUAUAUUGGACAUAUGUUUGGAAAUGAGAAAGAAUUAGUUGCUAUUAAAAUUAUUGAUAAGAAAAAAUUCAAAAACCAAAAGAAUACAAAGAAUAUUGUCCUGAAUUAUAUAAAAAGAGAGAGCUAAAAUUAAUUUUAAUUAUCAAGUCCUCAUAUAGUAAAAAUGAUAGAUCUUAUAGAAAAUGAUGAUGAAAGCUAUUUUAUAUUAGAGUAUUGUGAAGGAGGGAACCUUCAACAAAAAAUUGACCAAGUUGGAAUUCCUUUUGAAGAGGCACUUUUAAUUUUCAAACAAAUUGUAAAUGGAUAUAAAUAAAUCAGAGAGAAAAAUAUAAUCCAUAGAGAUUUAAAGCCAGAAAAUAUUCUUUUUUCAAAGAAUAUUGCUAAAAUAGGAGAUUUUGGGUUUUCUAAAUUUUUAGAUGAUCUUGAUGAAAUCGUGCUUCAAUCAGCUGUUGGAACUCCUAUUUAUGCUGCGCCUGAAAUUAUAACAAGGAAAUUUUCAUCUAAAGUAGAUAUUUGGUCUUUGGGAGUAAUACUUUUUUAAAUGCUAUAUGGUUAAAUUCCAAAUGAGAUAAAAGAUUAUCUAAACUUAAAGAUUAAAAACAUUGAUUAUAUUAAAUUUCCAGCUAAUAAGAAGAUUCCUGAAUAUGUUGUAAAUAUAAUGAAAAAAAUGCUUGAUGUCAAUCCAGAAAAGAGAAUUAGUUGGGAUGAUUUAUUUGCAGAAAAUCUUUUAGAAUUAAUAGAACCAUAAAGUAGUGAAAUUAUAGACUAAAUAAGCGAAUCUAAGGCUAUGAUGAUGAAACAAGUGCUUUAAACAGAAAAUAGGGUAGAGAGUAUCUUUUUAUAUUUCAUUUAUGUUUCAGAUAUUCUAAAAUUCAUCUAAUAGUUGAUGACUGAAGUGUAAAAUCUCAAUAUGAUGGCACAAUUUUCGCAAGCGUAAUAAUUUAGUUAUUCAAUAAUUACUAUUAAGUAUAUGGAGAAUGAAUUAAAAUUCUAUUUAGAUAUUCUGAAAGGAUAGAAUUUGUUCUCAGUUUAUAUCCUUCAAGCAGAUUUUGAGUUGUUUAGGAACACUGAUAAAUUUUAUAAGACAUUCAAUAAUUUUAAAAAAAAUUAUGAGAUAAUGAGCCAAUUUUACGUUCAAGCUAGAGUCAAAUAUGAUAAGUUUGCAUCAUAGAAAACUUAGAAGGAAGAAUAAAAGAACUGGUGUAAAAAUGUAAUUGAAGCACUUGAUCAAAAUGAGAAUAAUCAGAAGUUUUGUUAAACAUUCAAUUAAGUUUAUAGUUAAAUAAUACACCGGAUUUUGUAGAAAUAUAAUAAGAAUGAGAACGCAAACGAAGAUAAGAAUCGAGUUUUGAAGGUGUUAAUUAAAUUGUUACAUUGUUUAUAACCACUCUAAUUUAGUCAUCACAAAAAAGAUGCAUAUAAAAUUGAAGAAAGGCUGCUCACCACAACUUGUUUAGAGAAUGAGUUUAAUGUACUCUAUGCUCAAAUAUUUAAUUAAUGA